AUGGAGCUUUCGGCAGCCGCGUGUUCUCUGGUUCUGCUAAAGGACAAGCCCCAGGCAGGUGGCCAGAGGUGGUCCCAGGACCGGGUUUGUGCUGCUGCCCGUCUGACAAAGCCCCGGGUCGGGGCUGGGCCUGUGCUUGGUGCCACCUGCCCCCGCUCAUCCAACGGCAGCAGGAGGGACAAAGUCAACGUCAUAAAACUCGUGUCCUCCACCUGUGAACCCUCCGUGGUGCUCGGGGAUGCUCUGGAAACGCUGCCUCUCUGCAAAGGGGCCUUUCUGCAGAAACGGGUCUGUUCCAGGAAAAUUUGUGUGGACCUGGGAGACGCUACCAAAAUAGCCUGGAGUCGGGACGGUUGUCCCGGCUGUGAGAGCCGAGUGCGAGUGUCUGCCGCAGCCCGGAGCGGCCGUCGCAGCCGCCGUCUUGGCUGGUUGUCGAGCGAGUGCUGCUUCCUGCGCCUUGAGAUGGUGCAGUCAAAUCCUAGGGUGGUUGAAGUUCUCAAGUCAAGGAUGUUGCAGCAAGAGCUUCGUUUAACAGUUGUGCUCCAGGCUGGGAAUGCCUGGGAAGUGCUGGAGUCUCAGCAGCUGCAGCCGGCCCCAGCAGAGGCUCGGGAGCCACAACAAGAUUCUAAUAUUUCGAUACACACCGAUAACCCAGACCUGACACCAUGUUUCCAGAAUACAAUCCUAGCGUGGAUCCCCAGCAUUUAUUUAUGGACUGCCUUACCCUUUUAUCUUCUCUACCUGAAGCACUCUAAAAGAGGAUACAUCAUACUGUCCGUGCUGAGCAGGUUCAAGACGGUGGCGGGUGUCCUGCUGUGGGGUGUGAGCUGGGCAGAUCUCUUCUACUCUUUCCAUGAGGUCCUGCAAAACAGACCCGUGCCGCCGGUCUACUUCGUCACCCCCCUGAUCGUCGGCAUCACG